AUGGCGGAAGCGCCACGCAACACUCAGUUACCUUCAGGUUAUGACGAGGAGUUUGUGUAUGAAGUCGACGAUGAUUUUCUUUGCUUAAUUUGUCAUUUGCCGCUAAGGGAGCCUGUUCUUACGAGAUGCGGUCACAGAUUUUGCAGUGCAUGCCCUGAGGAACAUUUGAGAAGGUACGGCUAAAUGAAUGAAUAUCGACUGAAAACUGUUGAAUGGUGUUGAAAUAGCUUUGAUCCACAAACUUGCAUGCCUGCUUAAAGUGGAGUACAAACUCCUGUACCGUGUUUCAGUGAGAAACGCGACAGUACGUACAUAAUAUCACUACAGAAAUUCAGUCCUUAAAACCAAGGCAAACGACAGUCACCUCAACUUAAACGAUUACUUUGUACGAAAGCCAUGUCUAUUAAUUUUAGUUUUUCAACAGAAGAGAAAUGAAGCUGAAAAAUCGUUCGCUCUGUUUAGUAGCCACUCCAGAUAUGUUAUUGGCAUAGUAGUCAAUUCGGCUCGUUUCCUAUUAAUCAACUUUUGAAGAUAUUAAUUUGUUUCCUCUGUUUAGAGAUGAGUAGCCAUUGUUCGGUGCCAAUGAUCUGUUCAGGAAUGCGGACAAUCUGGUUUCACGUGAUCAAUGCAUAAAAAAUGGUUGCUCUUGCGUAACCUGGCCUUCCAGACUGCGAAUAGACAUCUCCUAUUUUCUUUGAAACAAAGUGAACAUCAAAGGAAAUAAAGACGUCCGCGUGGGGGCUACUGGCCUUCCACUAAACAGAGGAUAAAAUUCAGUUUUAAAUUUUUAAAAUGCAUUUUACGCUACUAUGGAUUCUCUUCUCGGAAAUGCCUAUUGCAAGUCGUUGAAAGUCGUUGAAAGUAAGCCAUUAUUGGUAGAAAGAGGUAUUGUGAGGGACUAGCUGCAUUACCGUAAAGUUCCCAUAGUAGCGAUUCCCCCAAAGUAAAGUUUCUGACUUCUAAUUAAUCCCGAAAAUGUUGAGUCCCCAAAGUGGCGACCUCCCCCCCCCCCCUCCACGAAAGUAGCGAGUCUUCAAAAAGCAUCGAGACUAAUUUUUUCAAUUAUAAACAUACCGAAUCUAUCCAGCAACAAUCCAUAGUCAAAUUUUUAAUGUACAAAACUAAUAUCUUCGUGCAUUUACAAAAAUUUAUCACGAUAAGGCACUUUACAACAAGAAAAACAUGGCAUGCCUGAAACGAUCAUUCGUCGUUGACGUCAGUUCACAGAUUGCACAAUGUAAAAACUAACUACACUGAUAUAAAGUUCAUAUCAAGAACAGGAACGUUUCUUUAAGUUAAACUGAAACUUCUGUACUAGUACUGCACCGUAACAGGAGCCCAUCACACGAAGGACUCCUGACUAUAUAUCAGGGGCACCCAACGACAAUUUUCGGAAAAACAUCUGUUCGGAAGACGAUUUGAGAUCUAGAAUUUUCGGAACAUUUGUUGUAAAAUUUCUUGCUUGCCUGCCUCUCUUAGGAUUUUCGAACAUCUAAAAAAUGGUAUAAUUGCCUAUUUUUAACGGAUUUUUAACCUAAAAAGGUCACCUAGAAUUUUCGGGAGGCUUUUUUCUGGCUGAAAUUUUCGAAAAGGUAAGUUUUGAUCCCUAUAAUUUUCGGAUCGCUAGACUUUUCGCUAGGAUAUCCGAACAGAUAAAAAAUUUUUAGGAGAUAAAAGUAUGCCCAUAUCUACUGUUUAAAUAAUAAAAUACGUUUAAUAAUUCUAUGUUUAAGUGGUUCUGAACUAUAUUCUCGUCGGGUGCCCCUGUAUAAAUAAAACGCAUUUUUUUGUCAUGGACUAAAAGCACUGAGUUAAGCUUUCCUCGCCCUUGAAUCAGAGAAAAAUUCGAUUUCCUCUACAUCGGCUGAUUCACCCUUUCGGUAGUCCGGUAGACCAUCGAUGUUGAUGUUGGUUUUUGGUCCCCGAAAAUAACGACUCCCCGAGAGUAACGACACCCCGAAAGUAUAACGAGCCCCAAAGGCUGCUUAUUUCGAAAGUAACGAGGGUCGCUACUAUGGAAACUUUACGGGUAUUCUAUUUUGUAGAAUAAGACAGAAACCUCGAGUUGUUCGUUGUAGACCUUCGGGAAAAAGCUAGGCUGAGAACCUCUGGGCGAACCUCAUGUGUAAAUGUCGAUUACUCUACAUAUUUCUUUGUGUCGAUGUGAUUCGCCUUUUAUACGUGAGCUCUGGCCUUUUCACAGACCCUCUCGAUCUUUUACUUCUCUUCAAAGUCAGUCGAGCGCGUGAUAAAAAAUAAAUCGCGGGGGAAUUUUUGACCGCCAGUACAAGGGGUAUGGGUGCUCGAAAAGAACGAAAAGAAAACUAAAACAACGUCUGUGUACAGGCUACGUGAGCUCAAGUAAUCGGCUCCUUUAAUGCAUGUAAACGGGGACACUUCCGGUGACUGGAACAGAACUUGAGUUUUAACCAAAUUUGAAUUUAAUUGCCUUUAGACACAUUUAACAUUUUUUAACACAGCUUCUAGUACAGAUCAUUGUCCGCGCUCGUUUUAACAUGUAAUUUGUAUGUUUAGUAUCUUGUGAUCUAUUCAUUUGUUUAUCUAUUCACUCUGAUAAUUAAAACAGACAAGAAGCUCAGAACCAGCCUUACACUUGUCCUGCAGAUAGGAAAGGCCUGGACCGAGACCGGGUAAAUCACUUUCAUUUACCUUGUAACCUCUGUGUCCUGUCCGCUAUUUUUUCACUUAAAGCUUGCAUGCCAAAUCAUAGUUAAUGGAGGUGACUGGUUAUGAAGCCCGGCAAACAUCAAAGGAGCAAACAAAGAUGCCAAGAUUUAUGUUAGAAGGUCCACGACCCUGCACAAUCUUUUGUUUUGCGUUCAUACGUUAUGCAAUUGGUUAGUUCCUCAGUACGGAGUAAACAACUAUUGUGUUUUGUGCAGGGUCAAGGCCAAAAAAGAGAACAAAAACAUACAACAAAGAACUUUGUCGGGUUUCAUAACCAUUCCCUCUAUUAACUAUGGCCAAAUGAAGCAUACAGGGUGAAAUUAGAGAGUUUAAGCAAACAGUAAACGUCAGAUUCAAGUUGAGAGUUUCUCAAAAUAGAAAAUGAGCAGAAAAAUACAGCUCAAAACAAUUCUUAUGGAUGAAAAAUUGCAUGAAACUACUGAUGCAGGUGUAGAAAUAAAGUACAGUAGACAGUAAACGACAAGUAAAGGAGACACUUGGUCACGUGGUACAAAUUCGCGUUUGCCGUUUGGCGUAAACGUGAUACUUAACCUCUUUAAUGUCGACUGUAUCGUGAAACGAGCUACCACCAAGUGAUGAAACAAGUGUUCAAAAAUGUUUUGAGAACACUUUAGAACAAGACAGUCACAUCCACGCAUUGACAUCUUUUUAUUCACGAAAAUGUGAGAUUUUCUUCACAAGCAUUUAAGCAAUUCGAAGUAAGUCCAUUUUCGAAUAAUCAUCAUCAUCAUCAUCAUCACCAAUAUCACCAUCGUCAUCUUCCAUCAUCAUCAUAACUAUCAUCAUCAUCAUCAUCAUCAUCAACAUAAGGGUCUUUUAGUUGUAAAAUAUUUGAUACUAUGAUCUCCCCUAUUCUAACAUACGACACUGAGAGCGAGAGCUCCGCUAUCACUGUCAAUCAAAAUAUUCUCAAAUACAUUUUGUUUAUUCAGUCUAAAGAUUAUGAAUUCUUUCGUGAAACAAUCUUUUUAAUGUCAUUUGACAUACAUUGUAAUGGGAAAAAUAACUUCCCCUCUCAUUUGAUGAAUGUGUCAGAAUAUGCUAGCCUGACUUUAAGUUCUAAUCAAGCAUUGGCAAAAGAAUUCUUUUAAAAAUGUCCUUUGAGUCAAAGAGUCACUUAUGAGGGCAUUGUUUAAACCUGUGUUAACACGUGUUCCACAGUUUACCAUCAUUUCUUUCUAUUACAACACUUAAAGAUUCAUAGUAGAUUGAUCUUCAGCACUGCGUUUAAUUUUGUUUCUAAUUAUACGAUAGGAUGUAUUUCCUGACAACGCAACAGGAAGGAAAAUUUUGUCAAUGGCGAUCAAAUGCCCAAGUUACGGUUGUUCAUGGGCUGGUGAGCUCAGAAACAAGGAGGUAAAAAAUCAAAAUUAUAUUCAAUGUGCAAUGGAUUCAGUUCUUGUGAUUCAUAAGUCGAGCGCACCCAGACACUUUCAUCCACCUUUACCCUCAGUCCUAAGUAUAUAUGUGCUGCACUUCCAAAUGACUGAAAGUAAAUCUUUUAAUGCUGUCAUCCAGGCGGAGGGACUAUAACCGUGGUAUACUAGAAGUCAAUGAAAUAACCACUACACAUGCAACCGCGUCCACAUUUGCUCGUAACAAAAGUUCAAUUCCUACCCACUCUUCUCUCUUAAUUCUCAUAAUUUGUUAUUAUUUUAAAAGGCUCACUUGGAAGCUUGUCCAUUCAAAAUUGUCACUUGUACCAGCGAAAACUGCCAUGUGACCGUGAAAAGAAAAGACCUCGAACAACACGUGAUAGACACGUGCGAAUGGAGGAUCAUAGAAUGUGAAUACUGUGAAGAACCACACCCAAAGAGGCACUUGCAGGUAAAAUAA